AUGGUGUUCGUUAAAAAUCGCUCCGGCACUUGUCGUGCCCUUUUGGAUUCCGGCUCUCAGCUUCACCUUAUAACGUCUCGCCUUGCUCAACAGCUUCAGUUAAAGAAGCACAAGACCUCAGCCAUUGAUGGGCGCCUGAAAAACUCUUCGCUGGAUUUCGAAGCUCGCCAUCCAAUAAUUCUUCCGCGGCAUCAUCCCAUCACAGAUUCACUCAUGACAAGGUUUCACAAUCAGGACUUACACGCGGGUCUACGGGCACUUCUGGCUCAUAUUCGGUUGCAGUAUUGGCCGAUUGGUGGAAGGAAGACCGUAUCCAAGGUGGCAAAUGUGUGA